AUGCCUCCCAAGAAGGCCGAAGGUUCUGCCGCCCCCAAGGCCAAGUCCACUCAUGCUUCCUACCAGGACAUGAUCACUGACGCUAUCGUCAACCUCAAGGACCGCAAUGGCUCCAGCCGUCAGUCCCUGAAGAAGUAUGUCAAGGCCAACAACAACCUGGGCACUGUCUCGGACAACAUGUUCGACUCUCUCUUCAACAAGGCCUUGAAGACUGGCGUUGAGAAGGGCGUCUUUGCUCAACCCAAGGGUCCUUCUGGCGGCACCAAGCUUGCUAAGAAGAAGGCCGAACCUAAGAAGCCUGCCGCCAAGAAGGAGGGUGUCAAGAAGGCCGCCACCACCAAGAAGGCUGCUCCCAAGAAGGCUGCCGCUCCCAAGGCUGCUGGCGAGAAGAAGGCUGCCACUACCACCAAGAAGGCCGCUCCUAAGAAGGCUACCACUACGGCCAAGAAGCCCGCCGCCAAGGCCGACAAGGACUCUGCCUUGACCAAGACCAAGACUGGCCGUGUCGCUAAGACGACAAAGCCUGCUGCCAAGAAGGCUGCCGCACCAAAGAAAGCAGCUCCCAAGAAGGCCGCCGCCAAGGCAUAA